GUUAAAGGGAAGGGUGGUUUCUCUUUGGGGAAGUGUUUCCGGUUCCGCUUUAGCUGGGGUUGGAGGAGGUUGCAACUGGAGCCGGAGCCCUGCCUACCCGUGACUGCUUCAGUUCUCUAGUUGCUGCUGGAUGCUGCCUUGGAGAAGGUGUCUUAAGGGUGUCUGGUGGAUGAGGGGGUGGAGGAUAUGCCUGGUGGGGAAUUUUCUCCACCCCCUCCAUGAGUGAGCUUCUGAUGUUAAGUGCCUCUCACAGCUAGGGAAUCUCUAGGACUAGAGCACUUAAGUUUUCCACAGAGUAAUCUGGCACCCUUUGUUCCAUUCCGGGUAGUAAAUUGUUCCUGCAGGGUACCCCAUUGCUCUCCAGGCCAGCACGGUAAUUUCUGCCGACCUUUUUUGCCGCAUGUGCCGAAUGCAUUUUUCUGAACCCAGAAGCCCCGUGCCAGCACAUUGUGGAUGGGCCUGGCGCUAGAAUGGUGCCUGCAUUUCUGUGACGAGGCCAACCCACCCAGAUAGGGAGGCUGCAGAGGACCAGUGGAGGCCUGCCAUGGAGGGCUCAGACCAGCGGUUGGUGCUGGGCAUGAACAUGGGGGAUGGGCGGCAGACACCUCCCGGGGAGCUCCGGACACCCACUGAAGAGGGGGAGGAGGAGAGGACACCUGUGCCUGAAGCCAUCUGUGAUGGUGGUGGCGAUGCCAAAGCCCCCCCAAGGAAAGAAGACGAGGAGGAAGAGGAGGAGCUUGACCCCCGCAUUCAGGAGGAAUUGGAGCACCUGAAUCAGGCCAAUGAGGAGAUAAACCGUGUGGAGCUGCAACUGGAUGAAGCCCGUACCACGUACCGGAGGAUCUUGUCAGAAUCUGCCAGGAAGCUUAAUGCUCAGGGCUCCCAGCUGGGGAACUGUAUUGAGAAAGCACGCCCUUACUACGAGGCCAGGCGCUUGGCCAAGGAGGCGCAGCAAGAGACCCAGAAGGCUGCCCUGCGGUACGAGCGAGCGGUUAGCAUGCACAACGCAGCCCGGGAGAUGGUUUUUGUGGCCGAGCAGGGUGUCAUGGCAGACAAAAACCGGCUUGAUCCCACGUGGCAGGAGAUGCUCAACCACGCAACGUGCAAGGUGAAUGAGGCCGAAGAGGAGCGGCUGCGCAGUGAACGGGAGCACCAGCGUGUCACCCAGCUCUGCCAGCAAGCGGAGGCGAGAGUGCAGUCGCUGCAGAAAUCCUUGAAGAGGGUCAUUGUGAAGAGCAAGCCCUACUUUGAGCUGAAGGCUCAGUUCAACCAAAUCCUUGAGGAGCACAAGGCCAGGGUGACCUCCCUGGAGCAGCAGGUAGCCCAGGCCAAGAUGCGCUAUUCAGUGGCUUUGCGGAAUCUGGAGCAGAUCAGUGAGCAGAUCCAUGCCCGGCGGCUCCAGCGCCUGGUAGGACGGCGAGCUUCCCCAGUCGGUGCUGAAGCCAGCCCAGCGUUGCUGUAUGGAGGGAUGGCCCUGCCUCCUGAGCCUCCCACCUCUGCUGACACACUCUCCGUGCUCAGCUUCCAGACCAUCGCCUCCGACCUGCAGAAGUUCGACUCCGUGGAGCACCUGCUGGGGCUGUCCGAUGCUGCCAGCCUCAACAGCGACGAGCUGGAGGAGAGGGAGCAGCGCCGCAGUGCCCAGCCUCACUCCUUCAAACACCACCGCAGCAUCAGCCUCUGAUAU